AUGCACCACUACACCACCAUCAUCCAUCGUUUGUCACCACGAAAAGUUACUGAUCCUGAUCUCGUUGCUAUCCGUGACAAGCUUGUCGACGCUCUCGCCCUCAAGGCGUCCGCUCUUGUGACGCCGCCAGCCACCAACUUGUCUCCUCCAUCUUCGCACGCUGGUCCGCCCGGCACGGUCCAGCAGCCCCCCUCUCGAUCUCGACACCGCCGACCAAAACGUCCUUCUUCUUCAUCACCUCGUUUAGUCGUCGGCCCUGACGCAGUUCAUCGCCUGCCAUCUGAGCUGGCUCGGUUACACUUGUCUUCACCGCUCAUUGUGUCGAGCCCUUCAAGAUCAAGCAUCGCUCGCAAAAUCCAAGCCAUUAUUCCUAAUCUCGACAGUCGAGUUCUCUGCUCAUCCAAUACCACCGUGCCAGCCCAAGCAUCUGGACGAGAUUGCGUUAUCAGUGUCGGGGGAGGUUCUGCUGUUACCUUGGCCCGAGAUGUUGGUAAGCGGAAAGGAAUCCCUCACAUUUGCAUCCCUACAACAUACAGUGCAAGUGAACUACACCCAGGCGGAGGACCAAGCGAUUCAUCUUCCGAAGAGAAGGGCAGCGGCCACGGCACUAGGAUACUUCCCACUGUUAUCAUUUACGACGAUAACCUCACCAUGAGCUCUCCAACUCGAUUUCCAGCGCCCAGCAAUGAGAAGGUCAUGGAGGACUUUGCUCGAGCCCAAACACUGCCCAAACCAGAAGACGCCUGCUGGAGCUACCUUCACAUUCCAGGCGUUUAA